GGAAGCUCCCGGCUUUGCGAGGCGGUGGGCAGCUGGUCUCGGAGCGCUCUCGUCCCCCGCCGUCCGAAGCGAUGAAUUCGCUGGAACAGGCGGAAGGUAAGGCAGAUCUCAAGGCUUUUGAAAGAAGGCUAACUGAAUACAUAGCUUGUUUACAACCAGCUACUGGACGCUGGAGAAUAAUUCUUAUAGUGGUAUCAGUCUGUACAGCCACUGGUGCUUGGAACUGGUUAAUAGAUCCUGAAACACAGAAGGUAUCUUUUUUCACAUCUCUAUGGAAUCAUCCAUUCUUCACCAUUAGCUGUAUUACAUUAAUUGGUUUAUUUUUUGCUGGAAUACAUAAAAGAGUAGUGGCGCCCUCAAUCAUAGCUGCUCGAUGUCGAACUGUUUUGGCAGAAUACAAUAUGUCGUGCGAUGACACUGGAAAAUUAAUCUUGAAACCUCGGCUCCACGUCCAAUAACCCGUUACUUUUGUGUGUAGAGGAUUGCGGAAUUACACAUACAAAUUUUGUUUCUUCAGUUCAACAAGGCCAAAUAUUAGGACCGAGAAACAGGUUUGUCUUCAACAUGGGAUGGAAGACGUCUCCCAAUCUUUUUCUGCCCAAACACUUAUGUUGUCAGUUUCUUCUAGGACAGUAUUACUGGGUUCUCAUCUCUAAUGGCGAGGGGUCGCAGAGGCAGCCUCUCCGAGACUCGCCCGCUUUUACAAUGCGCAAAUAAUUGUAAAUAGAAAAUGGUUACAGUAUUUGUACUGCCAUCUGCCGCCGCGUUUUUUAAUCAGUGUGUGUGU